GCCUGUGGAUUUGUAAUUUUUGGGUUAUAUUUGUGUAUGUGUACAUAUGCACGCCUCUUAUUGCAAUAGGGAGAACCGAAUAAAUAAAAUCCUUGAAUUUAAUGGUUGAUAAGGAAACUUGGUUAUUUGGCUGAAGAGGAAGCGGGAUUGGACUGAACAGGGGCAAGGGCAACUCUUAAAAUCUAGAGUCAAUGGAAAACUGUCUGUUUAUCAAGCUGCAGGCAGGAUGAAACUUAAAUGUCUUGCAUCUAUUGAUGAAGAUGGGAAAACUACCAAGAGGUUGGUGCUUGAGACUCUUGCAGUAAUGAUAGGUGCUGCAGCCGCAGAAGCAUGUUUGCUAUCUUUGUGGCGAAAGUUGGUAGGUUGUGCAGAGCUUUUCAGUUCCCUCCUUACUGGGACCGCACAUAUUGCUGUCACUAAAGGAGGUUAGCCAUUGCAUGCUGCUUAUUUGUCUCAAAUCUCUUGGGCUGCGCAGGUAUCAGUUAUGGGUUGACAAGGAGAAGCAGGGAGUUCCGGCUGUGCAUCUUAAUGUCAUACAUCUACUAGCCAAUUUGACUGUUGCUGUUAAUAACUCUGAAGUGGUAGACAUGAUACUGCCACUUUUUAUUGAAAGCAGAGAAGAGGGUGAUGCUUCAACUCCUGAUUUAUUGCGACUCUGAGUUGUGCCUGCCUAAUUCCCGGAGCAGAAAUCAAAUGGGUGAAACAACAGAUGGUGGUUUGUAUGGGAUUUUUCAACAAGAUUUUGGCCCUGUAGGCUCUCCUAGUUUCGAAGCUGCAUGUGAAAACUUCAUCAUUAACAGAGCUGGUUAUGCAGUUGCUAGUCUUUUGCUUCCAAAAGAUAGACACAAUCGGAUUCUUAUUUUUGACAACGUGGCAAGGCUAGUUCAUAUCGAUUUUGCUUUCACGUUCGAAAUGUCACCUGGGGGAAAUAUGUGCUUUGAGAGGGCCCACUUCAAGCUGAGCCGUGAGAUGACUCAAUUACUAGAUCCAUCUGGUGUUAUGAAGAGUGAAGCCUGGAUCCAAUUUGUGAGUUUGUGUGUCAAGGGGUACCAUGCAGCCCCUUACAUGGAUGGGAUAAUCAACACUGUAUUGUUGAUGUUAGACAGCGGAUUACCUAGCUUCAGUAGGGGUGACCCAAGAAAUCUUCGCUAGAGAUUUCAUCCCGAGAUGAGUGAGCGUAAAGCAGCCAAUUUCAUGAUCCGUGUGUGCACAGAUGCAUACAAGAAGUGAAUAACUGCUGGCUAUGGCUUGAUACACUAUCUUCAACUAGGCACUGAGAAGUAAAUGGAAAUCAUACAACUCAACAUAAAUGUGCAUGAUUGCCUCUUGUUUUAUAAUUCUAUUUUUCAACCUAAUAGCUAUAAUUCUUUUCAAGGGAUUUCCACUAUAGAAAGCUGGGAUAAAAUAUUGUAGAAACGGAACUUCUUUGUGACCUAGUGAUGGGAUUCCUGUUGAGGUUUGUAUAAGUACAGUUUUUUUUUUUUUGGGUCCCUUUUUUUUUUAUCAAUGAAAUUCACAGUUCCUUGGAAGAACAAGAAAAAAUUUGGGACGAAUAGCGACAUUUGUCUUUACUUCCCUCUGAUCCAUUCAAAUGUCCACAGUCUGGCUAGUUUAUAUAUUUUCUUUUCAAAUUGAAGGAGUACUCUUAUAUAGUAUUUACUAAUCACUAGUGAAUGAUGAACAUUUCUUUUUUUCACAGGUUAAUCUGCUCUUCAAAUCUGCUUAUAAGGUGGUUUUGGUUUGGAUUGAAAAAUAAAGGACGCGUGGUCUGUAGGGGAAAUUUUGUGGUUAUUAAUCAGAUUUGGCUGGUGGCUGUGAUUGGAGUGGAGGAUGUACAAGUUUUAACAACUCCAAGUCCUGUUUGUGCAUCAUACUUAUAAUUGGGUUCCCCGAGGUACGUAUAAUCUUACAUUAUAACUGAUCAACUAUGUAGAGCUGUCAGAUUCCCUCGGACACAUUUUUAAUUAUGCAUGGACCAUUUCUCCUGGAUUCAAGACAAGAGUCACAUGCUUGCUCGCUCCCCAUCAAUUUCAUUUUCAUUUUUCUUUGUUUCUCUCUCUGUAUUUUUUUUUCAUAAAAACACCACCGAGACGCUAUGCCAAAUGGUUUGUUAUCGAACAAUUCAUUAACUAAGCCUAUAUUCAAUUGCAUUCA